GGUCCCACACGCCUCCACUUCUCCAUCCGCACCUAGCACCCAGCCCCUCCUCCUCGAGGGGAGCUGAGCCCACCCACCCUUCAUGUCAGCCCUGCCAGGGCGCUCAUCAAGGGCAGGAAAAGGAGAGGAAACUGAGCCCAGGCGUAGUUUGCAAAGAACUUGCUCCAGUUCCCCAACUGCCAGUGCAGAGCCACCAUGCCACCCAGCCACGGGCACACCUGUGCUCCUCCCAGCGAGCUCCUCUCCCGCCCCUCUGCAGCCCAGCCACGCAGGCCGAGCCGAGCUGGGAUGGUGCAGCACCAACCCUCGGGGGCGGGUGGGCAGGUACUGAAGUCCUCGGAGGGCUCACUCUUGGCUUCUGCAGAGGGUGACACUUCACCGGGGCCGGGCUCCCUGGAACCUGCCUGCUUGUCCCACCCAGGCUUGCUCCAGGCUCUGCCUCCAGCUGAAGCAUGAAUGGCCUUGAGGCGACCUCCCCAGGUCUGACCGCCAACUCCUCCCUGGCCACCGCAGAGCAAUGUGGCCAGGAGACACCACUGGAGAACAUCCUCUUCGCCUCCUUCUACCUCCUGGAUUUCAUCCUGGCUUUUGCUGGCAAUGCCCUGGCCCUGUGGCUUUUCAUCAGGGACCACAAGUCAGGCACCCCAGCCAACGUGUUCCUGAUGCACCUGGCCGUGGCCGACUUGUCCUGUGUGCUGGUCCUGCCCACCCGCCUCGUCUACCACUUCUCUGGGAACCACUGGCCGUUUGGGGAAAUCCCGUGCCGACUCACCGGCUUCCUCUUCUACCUCAACAUGUACGCCAGCAUCUACUUCCUCACCUGCAUCAGUGCUGACCGCUUCCUGGCCAUCGUGCACCCCGUCCAUUCCCUCAAGCUCCGCAGGCCCCUCUACGCCCACCUGGCCUGCGCCUUCCUCUGGGUGGUGGUCGCCGUGGCCAUGGCCCCGCUGCUGGUGAGCCCGCAGACCGUGCAGACUGACCACACGGUCGUCUGCCUGCAGCUGUACCGUGAGAAGGCCUCCCACCACGCGCUCGUGUCCUUGGCCCUGGCCUUCACCUUCCCCUUCGUCACCACGGUCACCUGCUACCUGCUCAUCAUCCGCAGCCUGCGGCAGGGCCCGCGCGUGGAGAAGCGCCUCAAGAACAAGGCGGUCCGCAUGAUCGCCAUGGUGCUGGCCAUCUUCCUGGUCUGCUUCGUGCCCUACCACGUCCACCGCUCCGUGUACGUGCUGCGCCACGGCGGCCGCGGCACCUCGUGCGCCGCCCAGCGCGCGCUGGCCCGGGGCAACCGCAUCACCUCCUGCCUCACCAGCCUCAACGGCGCGCUCGACCCCGUCAUGUAUUUCUUCGUGGCCGAGAAGUUCCGCGACGCCCUGUGCUCCCUGCUGUGCGGCCGGAGGCUCCCGGGCCCGCUGUCCGGCCUGGACGGCAGGACCAACGAGAGCUCGCUGAGCGCGCGCUCCGAGCUGUGAGGCGCCCGCCGCCCCGAGAACCGAGGGGGCUCCGCAGGCCGCGCCCCCCGACGGCGGCACUCACCCCCAGAGCCCGGGCCCGCCGCGCCUGGGGCACCGACCCCUAACCGGGGGCCCGGAGUCAGCCCCGCUCGCCCCCCGCCGCCGGAUGCCCAGCGCCGCCCGCCCCAGUGAGGGGCCAGGAGGCCUGGGUCAAAGCGCGGAACAAUGAGGGUCUGUCUGCCCGAGGGCUGCCUGCUAGGCUCCCGGCCACCCUCGGCUGCAGACACAGAGCAGACUCUGCAGAGACCCGCAGGGGGCGGGGGCCACGGACCCAGGAGAGAGGGGCCCGAGCAGUCCCAGUGGAGGGGAGGGAGGGGCGUCUAAAGAUUUCCCGGAAGCCUCCAGUUGCCUUCGCGGCACUUUGCCAAACUACCCCUGGGUAAGGGGACAGGGACUAUGAUUUAGAGCUGUAAGUACAUUUCAGGCAAGUCGCCAGGCGACUCCCAACAAAGAUGGCCUGCGGGGCACGGCAGCUCAGCGCUCGGUUCUUGAUCUCUCCGGCCCUAAACGCACACACUGACCUGCAAGUGGCCCGACCAUCCCCGCUUCCCAGCAUCUGCCCCUCCGGGUCCUGCUGGAGCCCCCAGCAGGGAGGCAGUCUUUGCCCCCACCCACCCUGUCCCACUAACCAGGGGCAUCCGCAGGCCUGCACCCUCCCAGGCCUCCACGAGCCUCGGUGGCCAAGCCUUGAGCCGUCUCACCUCACCACAUGGCCCACAUCACCUACCGGGUCCUCUCUGGCACUUGGUUCCAGUGCUCACUACAAGUGUACCCUAAGACUCUGAAGGUUACUGUGUGAGGUUAACAGAACUCCUUUCCCAGAACUCCCUUCGACCCAAGAACGGCAGGGUGGAUGCAAGGCCAGUGGAGGCUGGGGCAGCCACACUUGUGACCAGGCAGGCAUGCCCCACGCUGGUGCCAGAGCUCGGCGUCGUGGGUCAGCAAGCUGGCCUGGGCCGUGCGGGGGCUGAGCCAGAGCAGGUCCCACCCUCAUGGCUGCGCCACUGUGCUUCUGUGACACCCUUUACUUUCCAGCACUUCCAGACUCUUCCAGAUUUUCCCAACAAAGCCAUGGGGCAGCCGUACAGGGCGAGCUGCAGCUCGGGAGGGGAGAGGACGGGCCAGGCCUGCACCCAGUCCACAGGGGACUCCCGGCGCACUGCCCGCCCAUGGCCCCUCCUUUAGACGGCGACACUAGGGCUUAUGCUGAGGACCCUGCUGACCAAGACAUCAGAGGCAACAUGGGGCAGGCAGAGGGACCAGGUCACCACAGACAGCAACCGGAGGGAGUGAAGGUGCCAAGAUAGGAUGAGAUGGCACUGAGGGCCCAGACAGGAAAGGGUGGGG